GCCAACAGAAGCUGCAGAAGCUACAAAAGCCGCCUUCAAACAAGGCGCGAACGGUUGUUUCAUAUGUGUUCGAACUUUUCGCCAUUUCAAGGAUUGUUGUCAACGUCUAUCGCUGUCUGAACGUGACCUUUCGCCUCACAUUGCUCCGAGCUGCGUGGCAUCCACACCCCCUUCCCUGGUGACCUCUCAAUACGAAGUGACCUCUCGGCCCGAGAUGACCUCGGACGUGGAGUGCACGCCGCCGCCUGCUCCGCGCAAGCGUACGCAGAGUAGCCGGGUGAGCCGCUUCCUGGGGGUGACCUCUCUUCUCGAGGAUCCCAACGACGAUGAAGCGGAGAGGGUGUGCAUGCAGCAGGAGCUCCUGCAGGAGCUGCAGGCCAAGCACAUCGAGUCCCCCGGAACGCCCAGCAGAGGUCGGCAGUCUAUGGGCUUGGGUCCAACCGGGCUAAGUGACGUCCAACUGGCUGAGCACUAUGCCAACUGUAUCCGUCUCUCGAACGAAAAUAAAAUCACGCAGAAAAAUGCGUUCUCCCUGCAUCUCAUUGACCACCUGAAGGAGAUUGUGCAAUCCAAAGACGGCUCGACAAACUUCCAGGCCGCCAGUUGCACCCUGGAUGCCAGCGCAAAGAUCUAUGCGUACCGUGUGGAUCGGGUGUUCACUGAGGCUCUCCAGAUUGCCAGCGAACUGGGCAUUCCCUCCAGGGCCAAAAAGAACAAAGGCAAAGGAGAGGACGACGAAGAAGCGGUAGCAGCACCGACUGACGAUGCUCCCAAGAAACCAGCCAAGAACAGGAAAGCUUCUACGCUGGUUCGAAACAAGAAGACCAUUACGUUGGACAAGGUGGAGGCUGCCAAACCUAUUGACACCCUGAUGGAGAGCAUCCGCAACAGCAGCGUGGAAGGCACGGCCGCCAGCUCCUUCCUCAACCACCUGAGCCUCCAGAGCGACGUCGGGGGCCUUGCGCUCUUCCUCGGCCCCUCCCAGCAGAAGGUGGACGCCGUGCGGGGUGACGCCACGCUCAAGAUCCCGCUGGAGCUGCGUCAGAAGGUGGUGGAGAACAAGUUGAAGAUCUGCUCGGACUAUUACCUCGACCACCUGUGGGGCCGCUGCAGCGAGGUGGAGACGGAACGGCGGAGCCCGGACAUUUCUAGCUGCUCCCGUCUUGCGUCCACCAACAACGAACCCUUGGAUGAGCCAUCUGCCGAAGACGCACCCUCUUUUCACGACGACGGAGGCGACGGAAUCGACCAUGACCACUCGACGCUCCUCGACAGCCCCCCCAACAAAUCUAUCAGGUUCGAGGGUCCCGACGACAUCUCGCAGUUCCUUGCUGCAGUCCCCGGGGACUACUCCUACUUCACCAAGAGUUUCCCGUCGGCUCCCGCUGGGCCGGAGCACUGGCGCCUGCGCCUCAUGAACAGGCCCAAGCCAGACAAGGCGCCUGACAAGGGGCGCAAAAAGGCCGAGAAGGUGGUGCUGUUGCUCGACUUCGGCGAGCUCCAGCCGGAUCUCGCCUGCUUUGCCCGCACCAAGAAAAAGAACGUCCUGGAGAAGGCCACAGUCGGCUCGUGGACGUCGAGCAAGCUCUUGCUCCCGCGCAACUUGCACCCCAAGGUCCCCAUCCUCAGCACCUUUGUCCUCAACAAGGAACGCAAGAUCGGCAAGGCCACCACGGCAUCAUCGUCUGCGAUGCAGCCAAAGGACGAGGACUAUACGUACGACGCAGCGGACGACAACUUCUGUCCUGACACAGUUAACGAGGACUCGAACGACACGGUCACGGCCGACGGGGGAAUGGACGCUUGCAACGACUUGGCACCUCAGUCGGAGUUCGGCGAUGCGCUCGAGGACUUUGUUGGAGAUAACUUAGUGGCCAGACCCUUCAAGAUCCCCAAGCUGGAGAUUCCAGUGUUUAGAGCCAACAAGCGGUUCGACAUGAGGCAGAUGAAAGCGGCCAUCUGGGAGACGAUCUCCCCAGGGACAGAGAACAAGGAAAACGUCGGCCCGAACCAUCGAGGCAAAGGAAGCCCUCCUCCCCCAGCCAAGGUGGACGGUGCAAGGAGCUUCUGCGUCAUGUACCGCGAGCUCCUGCCAAGGCUGAACGCCGUGAACCGCGAAAAUAUCAGCAUUCCGGUGGCCUUUGUGGCGAUGCUUCACCUGGCUGCUGAACGGGGCAUUUACCUGCGUGGCAAAGAAGACAUGUCGGACGUAGACAUCGAGCUCCCCGAAAGUUUGGUCAUGGCGAAAGUUCUCGAAGGUGCCAACGACCGUAACUCGUAGCGAAACCCCGUUUCGAUGCCAUGUUUUUAUAAUUAGAAACUCUGACAGAAGGAGUUGCUAACUCAUUUUAUUUUUGUGACAAAGGCUUUUGCCUUGACUGGCUAUGUUUAGCGCUAUAUUUUUGCUGCUUUUCUGAAUAUAGCUUUUCAACUUAUCUUA